CCAUGGGAAAGUCUCUUUCCCACCUGCCUAUGCACACGUGUAAGGAGGACGGCUACGAUGGAGGUGCAGGGUCUGAUAACAUGAGGAACGGCUUGGUUCACUCGGAAUCCCACAGUGAGGAUGGGCGCUGCGGAGAUGUGUCACAGUUCCCAUAUGUGGAAUUUACAGGGAGAGACAGUGUAACUUGCCCUACUUGCCAAGGAACAGGAAGAAUUCCCCGAGGACAGGAAAAUCAGCUUGUAGCUUUAAUUCCAUACAGUGAUCAGAGACUGAGGCCAAGAAGAACAAAACUCUACGUGACUGCCUCUGUGACUGUGUGUUUGCUGCUUUCUGGGCUGGCUGUGUUCUUCUUGUUUCCUCGCUCAAUUGACGUCGAAUACGUCGGCGUAAAGUCAGUAUACGUCACUUAUGAGCAGAGUAGACAUGUGAUAUAUCUAAAUAUUACGAACACACUAAAUAUAACAAACAACAAUUAUUACUCAGUUGAAGUGGCGAACAUCACAGCCCAAGUUCAGUUUUCAAAAACAGUUAUUGGCAAAGCACGCCUAAACAACAUCACCAACAUUGGCCCUCUGGAUAUGAAACAGAUUGACUAUAUGGUGCCCACAGUCAUACAAGAUGAAAUGAGCUACAUGUUUGAGUUCUGUACUUUAUUAUCUAUCAAAGUGCAUAACAUAGUAGUGAUGAUGCAAGUUACAGUGACAACAUCUUACUUUGGCCACUCUGAACAAAUAUCACAAGAGAAAUACCAGUAUGUGGACUGUGGAGGAAACACAACCUACCUGCUGGGCCAGUCAGAGUAUUUAAAUGUACUCCAGCCUCCACAGUAGAAGCAGCUUUUGGCUAAUGUGGAAUGACUGCUGUGGCUGCUGCUAGAGAUGAUUUGGACAGAACUGGUACUGUGUAAAGGGGAAAGUGUGCGCAUGUAAAGCAUAGGAAAUCUGGUCAUCUGUUCACUUUGAAUGCAAGGAAGUACAAGGUACAAAAUGUAUAUAGAUAUACUUGCUGAACAUUGUGUUUUUCCCCUUCUGUUUGCUUUCUGUUAUGUGUAGGCACUUCUGUCAAGUUGUGUAGCAGGAGGGAACAGGAGAGUAUCAGGUUCUUGAACUGGAUUGGGACCUUUCCUUACAGUGUGGUUUAUCAGUUUAAAGUAAUUGUGUGUAUGUGUAUGUCUGUUUAGGUGAAAUGUGCCACUAAUGAGCAUUUUAGAAAAACAGAUACUCACAGAUUUAUAUAUCAGUUCUUUUUGAUUCUUGCAACUUGCAGUACUGCUGCUUCAGUAACAGGAUUGCUUUGAGGUAAUUGGGUGUAAAACUUACUAAUACACCAUUUAUUUUUGUUUCAAAGUACUACCUUUUUGUUUGCUGGAUUUGAUUAGAGGUGACGUGGUCUAUGAAAGCCAACAGAGCUCUCCUGGAUGACAGUAUACUUGAAAGUGCAAAUUGUAGACUCUGACAUCUUUUUGCUUCUAUCCUUCCUGCUACCUCUGGAUUGUUAUAAGAAGAAUCUAUUUUACAUUUAAAGUUGUGUUUAAACAAGAAAAGAAAAARAAAAAUUGCCACAAUCCCCCAAAUCACUACUGACAAAAAAUCGAGACUGUAGAAAACAAMUGGGUAAAGAUAUGGCACUGUCAUUCCAGGCUUUCCAGCAAUUCAGAUAGUGUAAACAGGAACCAAGCUGUUUGACCAUGAGUUUUGGCAGUUUGAUUGUAAAUUUACAACAUUUUUAGUGUUUUAAUAUGCUGUGUACACAAACUACUUGUCAGGCUUGUGUUGGGAUGUGUGUGCAGGCUCAUAGGCAGUGCUUGUUUGAAUCUCCUGGGCCUUCACAAUUUACAUCAAAGCUACAUAAGUGAGGAUAGAGCAAUUUCUUCUGUGGGAAUAAAAGUUGAUGUAAUCAUGAGACUGACAAUUGAAUUAUUGGAACUAAUUUCAGUAGGGUAGUUUGCACAAUGAGAGUUUCUGGGGCUCUCAUCAAACACGAUCGUAAACUUCUGGUCUGAAAUUCCUUUAUUUCUGGAGACUGACUGUUGUUCUGAGGGUUAGGUACAAAACAUUUUAAUGAAAUAGGCUGUAUUUCUACAUUACGUAAAGUGAAGUUUGAAGAAGCUACUAUUGAGACUAAUGGUUUAUAUUUUUAAAUGGAUGUUGCAGGCUUUACACUGCCCAUCUUGAAAUAAGCUGUAUAGAAUGAAUUAAUAAAAUAUCAAAAAAGCUGCUGAAUAACUUGUUGCAACUUUGGUCUUUUAUGCUSCAGUACUUCAGUGAAGAUGCACAUUUUCAUGUUAUUCAUCAACAUUUUUUUAGUUAAACCUAACUUAGGGGUUCAUAGUCAACCAUCACUUAUGUGAUGGGACUGAUCUAUAAGAAAAAGCCAAGCAAAAAGCCUGUGUUCUUUCUAGCAGCUGCUAUGUGCUCUGAUUCUGAAUUUCCAGUAAAGAUCUGUCUUAAACAUCUAAAAUGUUUAAACCUCAGGUUUUCCUUUUAACGUAGGAGAACAACUGUAGGAAGAUAUUUUGUAUAAGUUUAAACUUCAGUUUUCUUCAUAGGAAUAAACAAAGUAACUGGCAAAAUGUUAUGGUGUUUUGGGGGACAAGCAAAGGCUGCUUUAAUAGGUGUUAGGCAGGUUUUUAAAUUUCAUAUGCAGUAUCGCAACGCUUGAACUGACCUUUGGAAAUUGGCAAGUAUAUUGAUCAGAAGGUAUACUUUAAUCUAGGGAUCUGAUGUUGCCUAAAAUGCUUGGUAUUGGCUAAUUUGAAAACAACACUUUUUGAACGAAUUAUCUUUUCCCCGUCUAUGAGAAGAAAAAUACAACUCGUAAUCGCUGCUAUUAUCAGAGGUAAUCUAAUGGAAGUGAACGUUAAAUGUCAUCAGUUUGUGGUAGCCUUGCUGAAUGGCCAAGAGCUCUCACCUGGAAAACAGAAGCAGGAGCUGAGGUCCUGUCGAUGAAUUCUGACAUGGGUUACGGGAGGAUCAAAGGCUCGCAGUUUUCUGUGGGUGAUCUUGUCCCUGCAAAACAGCCAGCUUCUGACUAACCAAAGCAUAUGAAAGUUUGAGUUUUUAUUAAUUCCUGCUUACCAUUUCUUCAUACCUUCAGAAUUGAGGGUUCUCCUGAAAUACUUAACUUGGAAUUGAUUUAUGUGGCUAUGCCUGGAAACUUUAUGUUAAGGGAGCACUGGAAGUUCAUAUGGCUUGCAGGCAAGCUUUGUGAACUCAUAGAUAGUGUUAGAUCCAUAUUUCAUGUUUAGUUUUAUCU